AUGGAAAUCUCUGAGCAAGGCGAAUGGAUGCUACUGGAGACCGCGAGGGCCAAGAACGUGAAGAGUGAGCCAUACAUACAGGUGCUGGACGAUUCUCACGGCAUGGAGAAGCAUGAGCGAGACCGAGCGGCCUUGCAACGCUCGCCUGCUGAACUCUCAGAGGACAACCAAAAACUUGGGUUCGACGAUUUGACGUUGAAUUGCGUGGUCACGUCACCCCUGGGGCAGGCCCUCGACACAUUCGACACGCCAAAGCAAAUGCUGACAGUCUUGCGGGACGUGAUACAUGCGUUUGCGAUCGUUGUACCUGGAAGGAGACAUCCUCCAUCGGGACGUCAGCCCGCAGAACAUCGUGAUCAAGGGUUCAUAGCAAUUGGCAUUCUGAAUGGACACAAUCACACUUGCCGCCACGGUCUCGAAUCAGUAUUCUACGUCUUCUUGUGGAUAGCCAUAUGCCACGACGGCCAAGAUUCGAUGCGCAUUCCUGAUGGAAGUCAACUUCAUAAGUGGAAUGGGCACGGAAUGGUCCGCGAUGCUGAAAAGCAAGCGCGCGGACAUGCACCCGGAGUGUUUCUCGAUUUUUGUGGAGAAAGAGUUUAGGGAAGCUUUCCAGCCAUAGUUGCCACUGGCGUAUCGGCUACAUGCUCUACUCUUUCUCUCUCGAGGACCAAACAAGCGGUUCAUUGAAACUGAUGAUACGGACACUGGGACCCGACAGCUGUACGAUGGUAUAAGUGAAGUAUAUGCGCAGGCUAGCAUGAAGCAUCCUCCCGCCAAGAGUUAUCGAGUGGAUACGGUACGGAUUUGACUGUACCUUAGGGUAACAAUUGCAGGAUCAUUGGGAACCGGAGGUGGGAAACAGACUGCGG